AUGCUUGCCCAAGUCACACCCAUCGCUCUUGCAGAUGUGGGCUGGAGUGUUGGUACUUUGAUACAUAAAGGAGCUUUUAAUCCUGACGUGUCACAUAAUUCCUCCAUCGUGGCUCCUCCUCCUCCACGUGCUAUCUUUGGGUCCGGCAUAUCCAGACGAAUCAGUACAAACACGCCUGGUAGCCGACCACGAAACGCCUUCUCACUUUUCCGUUAUCUGUUCCCAAACACAACCAGACGUGCUCGUGAACGCUUCCUUGGCUUUCGGCACGAAACCCUCCCGUACCUUCGACAUAGUGCACAGUCCCGUAUAUAUCAGGCGAUCUUGCGACGAGAGCGAAGGAAACGUGAACGACGGGCUCAAGGGAAGGGCUUCUUGCCCUUCAUCCGAAGACGCAAGAGCCGCAUAUUGCGGGCAAUUUAUGGGAAGAACGUGGACCAAUAUGCUGCUGGUGUUUCCUCGGGUUUUUCGGCUAGGAGAUUACAUGCUGCUUCAAGCCCACAAUCAUCAAUAAAACCUCCCGGACAGAUGACGAGUUAUGGAUAUGGAAGUGGAGGAGGAGAUGGGGGACAAAGAAUUCCUGGGUCUAGGAGAGAAAAGGUUCGUGGGUUCUUGCGUGCAGCCAACGAAGUCAGGCAGUCAUACCAGGCACAGAUAGAACAACGUCUUCAAGCCAGCGACGAGGGGUCCAUACCGGGAGAUUUCCCUGAUGUCGAGAUUGUUAGGAGCGGAAGAGAGGAAAUGCUCCUCUUCCCAAGCUAUGCAAGGCGUCAUAUAAAGCGGAAAUCUGAACAGGAUGGUUCUGCCCGGCAUCUUCCAGGAACUCAUGAGUCUGUCGAAAGCCCCCAUUCCAGUGGCGAUGCAGAUUUUUGGAAGAGAGAAUGGGAAAAGUAUGAGGAUGUCAAUGCGAUUGUCGAUGUCGAUGUUCGUGGCUGGGUGUACUCGCCACAUACAGGGCCGAUGAAUAGGAAGAAUCGGCUUCUUGUCGCCGUGGCGAGGAGGUUAAGCGGCGUUUAUACACCAGCCCCUAGUCCCCAUGGGAGUAGGUCCUCCAGUCUGGCACCUUCGAAUCGAGAACGACUCGAGGAUACGCCCAGCCGACAUGAGGAUGAAGUCGCUGCACAAGAAGCUGAAAAGAUUGAGCAGCAUGGUCAAAGAGAAGCCGCUGCUGCCGCCACAGGAAAGUAUAGUCAACCAUCCGCAAGUGCGAGAAAUGGUCAGUUAAAUUCUCCAGCGAGAUCAAGCACAUUCCGUGGAAACGAAAGUGAGGAUGAGGAUCCAGGGCACAGAUCAAUGGUGAAGCGGCAAUCUUGGAAUGAGCCGGCAGAUAUGAGUAGAGAACAGCUCAUUACCGCCAACGAGCUGCUCAUGUCAAGGCUAAAGCCUUUCAUGAAUUUGCCCAUGGCGUUGACUCCAAUCACUGUUUUCUUUUUCAACGAACAGAAGUCCAUAUCGAAAACCGUCACUACCGAUGAAUCAGGCCAUUUCAACCUCCGAGCUGCACUUGACUUCAUUCCUUCUCAGGUGAGAGUCCUUGCUUCGGAGAAUCUAUCCGCUACCGAGGAUGUGAUAAUUACGGAGGGACGAGGUGUGAGUAUGAUUAGCGACAUUGAUGAUACGAUAAAACACUCUGCUAUUGCCAGCGGUGCGAGAGAGAUCUUCAAGAACACUUUUAUCCGGGACUUGGGUGACUUGACAAUCAAAGGUGUUAAGGAGUGGUACACGAAAAUGUCCAGCCUCGGAGUACAGAUGCAUUACGUAUCGAACUCCCCGUGGCAAUUAUAUCCCGUUCUUCGCAGCUAUUUCUCCCUCGCAGGCCUUCCACCUGGCUCUUUCCACCUCAAGCAGUAUUCUGGCAUGUUACAAGGAAUAUUCGAGCCUGCUGCUGAGCGAAAGCGUGGCUCACUAGAUCGAAUCAUGAGUGAUUUCCCCGACCGGAAGUUCAUAUUGGUUGGUGAUAGUGGCGAAGCAGACUUGGAGGUAUACACUGAUGUUGUACUUGACAAUCCUGGCAGGGUGCUAGGCGUGUUCAUCAGAGACGUAACAACGCCAAUCAAGAAGCGAUUUUUCGAUCAGUCUGUUUCAAACUCGCUUCCGGACUCUCACAUCGCGUCAACAGAUGGGCACCAAUUAUCCCGCUUUGCUCAGCAACGCAGUUUUCACUCAUCAGAGCGAAGACCUUCGUUGCCAGCACGACCAAAAUCUGAUCCCGAAUUGAACGCCAAAAGUGCCGAAGUGCAAGAAGACCUGAUCGACUUCAGCGAUGAUCUUGAUAUCCCUACGUCACAAAGUCAUGACAGCAAAUCAUCUCAUGCAGACGACCUGCGGCAACUCGGUAAAGGCCCAGCUCCGAACAAACCAAGUAAACCGUCAAGCUUGAGGAGUUUCACCUCAGCGACGCCACUGUCAGUCCAUUCACCAAACAAUAAUGACUUGAUGUCAACUUCGGAUGUCGAAAGUCAAGACUCGUUGACCAAGAGAAAAGCUCCACCACCACCAAAGCCUCGUCGGGCGUCAAAAGACGUCGGACCGACCGCAAGUAUCGACAAUACAAGGCAAUCAGCUCCCCCUCCGCUGUCACGCUCCCCAUUCUCAUCUGCACUCCAGAACCAAGGCUCUCAAACCGCAAGGUCCCGGGAGGAACACCAUGAACCAAAUUUAUCCCGUCAUCAGAGCUCCGCGUCUGUCCGGUCAAACCGUGGACCUCCUCCGCCUACCCCAAUAUCUAGGACGAACACUUCAGCCAGCACUGCCUCUACUGCCACAUACUCUUCUCGUAAUACUAAUGCUGAGACACAGGAAGGCUAUGUCUCUGCCGCCCGCCGCCAAAUCGCGUCAGCGUACAAUGCCCUCCCGGCCAUACGGAGCACCACUGGUGGUGCCUCUGACCAGACAGGUAUAGGUGCAUCACCAGAGACGCGUCCGGGCCCACCAAUGCCCCCACGUCGCGGCAUAUCAUCCUACCCAGUGGCAGCGGCCGCAGCAGCAGGCCGCUGGGCAACGGGAGCAUCUGGUGGCGAUCCAGCUGCAGGAGGUGAUGCCGGUGGUGCCCCUGGAGCUCCUUAUGACAAAAAACUUGAGCUCUGGCAACGCCGUUGGCAGCAUGCUGAAGAAAUCAUGGGUCAAAGAGGUGUUGUCUUGAGAUCUUGGAGGGUCGGUUCUGAUGUCAUGGAUGAAGCUGUCAACUUGGCAUGGAGCGAACUGGAGAGACAGGAUUGA